AUGUUCGUGGCGCCACGUAUCAACAGACCACGCACAAAUAGCAGGAUGCAGACACUGGGAGUCGUCUAUUUGUCUGCAUCACAAAUAAUUACUUCCGCUCUAGGGAUUCACUUUGGCAAGUACCCAACUGUUGUCAUGCACUCGCCCGGUGUAGUUGUUUUACUGGGUCUGGGAAGGAUCAGCGCUGUUGAUAUCGCUGUGCGAGCUGUCACUCUCAGAAUGGCAGUGAUCGGCAUACUUGCAGCACCCGCCAGCAGGUGCUACACUCCGCGCACGAACUUUCAGCGAUGGCUCACGACUCUGUCGAUGGAGGACUCAUCCAUUGUUUCACCCUUGGACUGCAACGACGAACACUUCGCUGUGUUACUUACCCAAGCAACGGCUGAGAGCUCACACUUGUUAAAGGGAAACUGA